AUGUCUCUCGCUGUUGACCUCCUCAACCCGUCCGCUGAGCAGACCGCCAAGACCCACAAGCUCAAGCGCCUUGUGCAGUCGCCCAACUCGUACUUCAUGGACGUCAAGUGCCCGGGCUGCUUCAACAUCACCACGGUCUUCUCGCACGCCCAGACCGUCGUCCUGUGCGGCUCGUGCUCGACCAUCCUGUGCGCGCCCACGGGCGGCCGCGCCAAGCUCACUGAGGGCUGCUCGUUCCGCCGCAAGCAGUAG